GGUCAAAAUGCAAAUAUUUCCACAAUAGUACUACCAAAACGACGGGAAGUGCAAUUUCUGUACAUUCAUCCUGUGCAAGCGGCAUUACAUGCUGGCCCGUGGUCCUGCUCCAAUAACCGUGGGGAUCGGGUAAGCUAUUUCGUCGAGGUGGGGACUGCACCGGAUUUCGCGAGCUCAAACGGUCCACAAACGUGGUCCGUAUCCAAGCAUCGACGUGUGCAAACAUUACACUGUCCUCGUCUGCAGAACUGGGGCAAUCCGCGUGGUCGACUUAGUUGGCUUCGGUGUGAUCGUCGUGUGGACAUUUGUCGCCCGGUGACCACUGGGGUCACAGACUCCGAGACGCAACUAGCCGUGUAUCCACAGCCAGAUGAUUUGUAUAUGUGUCGAGUACAAAAUAUGUGGGGACGAACCCAACAACAAUUUGUCUUCCAAUCAAACCGAUAUUAUGGAUGA